AAUGAAAAUCGCAGCAACUGCAAGUCCCUUAGGAAGCGGUAUUUUAGAUUUUUAUUAGUACUGUGGAUCAGAUAUUCAGAUACCAACUAUCUAACAUCCCAUGUUUCUUGAAUGACAGUCCCCAUUGCGCUUCAUAUAUGCUGCGGAAACGAGCUCUAUACAAUGACAUGUCGAGGUACCAGUGCUGUGCGGGUUCCCUGCCUUGCAGCGGUAAGUUAGGGGAAAGCCAUUGUCCUGAAUUUUGUCUGUGCACUGAGGUCGUCUGUUUCUUCACGAGUUCGGUUUCCUCAACUCGCUUUCUUCUUCAAGAUGAGAUGAAUAUACAGACGACGAAAUGUGACAACUGCAUCAUUGGAUUUAUGUGCUGUUUGGCUCAAUUUGAAUGCAUAUUUCGUCUGAUUGCUGUUGUUAGCGGAAAUGAUGAGCUUGAGGAUGCCUCGGAGAUAUUGAAUUGUUUUACUGACGCCGUUUUUUGCACGGUCUGUGCGUGUAUGCAGGCUCAGCACAAGAUUGAAAUGGACAGAAGGGAUGGUAAAUUUGGGCCUCCACCGGUUAUGAUGGUUCCUCCAGUGCAGCAGAUGUCACGGAUUGAUCAGCCACUGCCCCCAGCAGAAGGACAUCCACCUCAACCAGGACAGUGGCAGUCGCCCUAUGGCUACGCAUGUCCACCAUAUAUUCCAGGCUACCCCGCCGCCGCACAUCCACUACCUCAUCCAGGUUACCCUGCUGCUGCAUGUCCACCACCUCCUCCUGGUUACCCUGCUGCUGCAUCUCCACUACCUGCUCCAGGUUACUUUCCUGCCGGAUGCCCGCCACCUACUCAGAAUUUUCCUUCAAGCGGAUAUCCCACUCCUAAUCCUCAAGGUUAUUAUAAGUGAUUUAGAUGGUCAUAAAUGUUCAAAUAUAAGUAAUCACAAUGUUCAAAUUUGGAUUGAUUCAUUGAUCACUUUUUCCUGAAUCGUUAUGAUAUUCGCCGAAAAUUUAACUAGAUGGAAAAAGAUGGUCAUCGUUUGGCUAGUUUUCCCCUCAGUGAUGUAAUUAUGGUUGUUGAAACAUAGUAUUUGAAUUUUCUUUCAAUUUCUACCAGAUUCAAAUGUGAUUAACAUUAACAGUCAUUUCUGGAACCAUGGUAUCGCCCUAAUCAUCAUCCAAAAUCCCAUGACUUUGCUUUAGGCUAGUUUUCCCCUCAGUGAUGUAAUUAUGAUUGUUGAAACAUAGUAGUUGAAUUUUCUUUCAAUUUCUACCAGAAUCAAAUGUGAUUAACAUUAACAGUCAUUUCUGGAACCAUGGUAUCGCCCUAAUCAUCAUCCAAAAUCCCCUGGCUUUGCAUUCAUGAUAGCUGCUGAAAUUUUGUAGCGGUUUCUUUCUUACCAAACAAUUUCUUGGCAUACGUAGCACCCCCCGCUACUGCUCCUAUUGAAAAUGAAAUGGCGACGACCAAUCACAAUCCACUGUCAAAAGAACCAUCUAUCAUGUCCUGCCGAUCAUGAGCGAAAGAAACGGCAAUAAACAUAGGGAGAGAUGGAUCAUGCUCACAUAUGUACUACUAUUACUGCAUCCCAAAUGAGGCAAUUGAGAUAUAUUAGAAUCCGUAGAGGAAUCUGCAAGAAUUUGUAUUUAGUAAGAACACAUAGAUAAACAGAGACUUCUAUUAACGAGCCAGUAGACACGUUCCUUAAAACUAUAGAAGCACCUUCUUGUCCCAUAACUAUUAAACAGGCGUAGUAAGAGACUGAAAUCCCCUAUACCAUUUUUUUUUAUUUCGGUGGUCGAUAUGGCAUCUUUAUUUCAAUCAUAAAGAUAUGAAAACUGAAACUUUAAAUUAACAGGACAGAUCAGGUUUCAUUUUUGAACAAUUAGGAGCCAAUGAAUCUUUUUACUCAUAUCAUACCACAUAUUCACGAUCCUUUUUCCUUGCGUCAAAGUAAGCAUGCAAAAUAGCAAUUUAAGUAUAUUAGGUUGAACACUUGAAAUGAACCGGGUUUGAAGUUUGGCCCGCGACAAAUUGGAUUGAGUUUAUCCGCAUCUUGGGCUAAACCUAAUUUAUUGAACUUGUUUGAAGUAUUAUUUCUCAUCGUAGAGAAUCCCAAUAGCCAAUACUAAGCUGCUCCUACUUGUUUGAAUAUUAGAAAGUAGAAGCAGGACCAGAUAGGAUAAGCAAAAAUAGACAAUUAGAUCGCUGUCACGUUAAAGUUAAGGCACUGAGCUUUGAGCUAAAUAUUUUUCAUAGAUUCUUCUUUAUUAAAACGGAAAAGGUGAGAUAAAGAAAGUUAGCAGAUUCAUUUAGGAUCCUUCGAUUUUCUUUUGUCUCCUUGAAAGUUGAAAUAAAAAGGGGCUGCUGAGUCCUGUUAAUCCUGUUGUUUUUGGGAGAUCGCUGGAAGGGGCCCCUAUCUGUAGACAUGGUUUCAGGUCUUCAGGGGGUCUGAUUCAGAAUUUCGGAUUCCAUGCUAAAAACCAUCUGUAUUUUGAUGUCACUGUUUACAGUGUGACAGUGUUACAGAGCCAGCUUGGAAUUUAUGCCUUUAGGCAGUUAAACAGGGCCUGAGAAAAAGAUGGGUCAAGCACAGAAUCCAAGUUCAGUAAAAUCGUCAUUGAAAAGGCAAUGGGAAAGGCAAAAAAAAAAAUAAAAAUUCCAUGCAUCCCCACCUCGCCACUACCUUUAAUGCAUCUGCAACCAGCAUCUAGCUAUUUCUCAUACUCAAAAAUUUUUACUAUUCUUAACAGAUGAGCAUGAGAAGACAAAAACCUGCAGUUGAUCAUCACCCCAACAAUUCAUCAACUUCUACAAGUUGUUCCCAAAUGGCCACAUGGAAAAUCAUUCAAACUGGAGUCUUUCUUUGAUUCCAUGGGUAAACCAAAACCUAAAAGCUUAAAAAAAAAAAAGCCCAUAAUAAUAAAAUAAUAGCACCAGAUUUUGUGAAUUGGACCCAAAUUGAGGUCCGAAUUACAUCAUCAUUUUCUUAAAAACUGGGGUCCUUGAGUCAUCGGUUUCAUGUUCAUUGUUUCGUGACAAGGCACUGACAAGAUCCUAACAAAUCGGUCAGCCACCUGCUUAACAAACUCCAACACCCCAAAGUUGAGUUGAUACUAAUAAUUUAGUAGUCCAAAAAACUUUCACUAAAAAUAAGCAAAGAAGCCAAUUAAAAUAGUACAAAAGCAUCAUCACCUUUGAUGACACCACUGUUUAAAGCUCAAUUCAUACUCAUCAACCCCUCGUAACAAAAAAAAAUAGCACAAACUUUAGAUA